ACGCCGGGCUGGUAACCUGGCAACGGUAAGGAGCUGGGGUGUGUGUGAGGAGAAGGUCUGGGCCCCGCGCUCGGGUUUUUAAAAGUGAACGGCCGUUGGUCAGAAUGGCGGCAUGUUAUCGGUGCGUCGAAUGUAAUGAGAAGGCACAAGAACUUCACAGGGACUACAGCCACGGGAUCAUCAAGAUAACCAUUUGUAAAUCAUGCCAGAAACCAGUUGACAAGUACGUUGAAUAUGAUCCUGUGAUCAUUCUCAUUGAUGCAAUCUUAUGUAAAGUUCAAGCUUAUAGGCACAUUAUCCUGAAUACCAAAAUUAAUAUUCAUUGGAAACUGUGCAUAUUCUGCUUGUUGUGUGAAGCGUAUCUUCGGUGGUCACAGCUACAGGAUUCGCAGCAAACUGUAGAUCCAACAGAUAUAAUUCGGUAUGCCAAAGAGUGGGAUUUCUACCAAAUGUUUGGAUUAGCUAGUUUGGAACUAGCAGCAUUCCUGAGUGGGACAUUUUUCUUUUUGUGGUUAACAAACAAAGGUUUCAUCCAGAAGAAAUCAAACUGCAACACAUUGCUAAUAGCUUUAUUAUUGUCUGGCUAUGGGAAACUCCUUGUGAUUCCAGCUGUGAUCUGGGAACAUGAUUAUUCACCACUGUACAUUGGCCUCAUCAAAUUCUUUGUGCUUGCAUCAAAUGCACAAGCUGUCAGAGUCGUGCUGAAUAGCAGCAGAAGAUUUGCAUUGUCUGUCAUUUUUGUUGGAUGGAUGGUGGAGCAGUUAACAGCCUGCAUCUUUGAACAGCUGAAAUUGACCUUAUAAGUGUCUCAGAAAUAUCUAAGAGCACAAGCCAUUUGAAUUGCUCUUUCUACAAAACUUUUAUGGCUUGCACUGAUACACACUCUCUGCAACAAUCUCCUGAGGGAUUUUAACAACCACAGGUAAUUUUGUAAGAAAGCAAGAUCAUGAAGUCUCUUUCUAAUCAUAAAAGCAAUCAAACAUAAACUUAAAAAUCUAUAUUUGACAAUUAUUUGGUUCCUAUUUGUGUUCAAAAUCAUUCAAUUAAAGCAAAUCUUGGAAAUAGGCAGAAUUACUGUCUUACAUUUCUGAAAACAGAAUUCUAAUCCUGAAGAGCAGCAUAGCUUUUGUACAAAAUAGUGGGCAGGUGUCCCAUCGACAACUGCAAUGGCAUCUGUUUGGCAUUGUUUAAUCCCAGUUAAUAAAUAAGAUUCUGAAUCUUGAA